AUGGCUGCACCACCGACCCUUACCAUCGGCCAAGUUGACGUGGAAGAAGUUCUUCGUUCGCCUCCAACAACAAGCGCACCUUUGAUAGCGAACGAAGACGUUGCAACAGGCUCGUAUAGAAGGCCUUCGCUACCGAGUCCAACAGCGCCCAUACAGAACGUAACCGCUUGCUUGCCACUCAGUUCUCCUGGUGAGGAGAGUAAAGGCGAAGAUGUAUCAGAAAGAGGUGGGAGGAGACAAAUGCUACGAUCGGGAACAAGUGGGUCAAUAACACCACUUCCUGCGCCUAGUCCUGACGCCACGAGGACCAACAGCAGUAGCAGCUCGUUGAGCGCAUCCAGUAGCACAGCCGGACUCCCCACCGCAAGCGCCACUGCAACUAGUGAAGCAACCCACCAGCAACCCAGCCCUAGCCCUUCUCAGCCACCACCAGAUCCACCACUUCUGGACAGUGCAAGACCAGCACUGCUUCACUUUCGUACAGCAAGCUCGCUUCGUAGUCCAGAAUCCUCCGCCGACACUGCCUCUAUCGCAUCACGCACCGACCGCUUCCUUUCCGUAUUCCCAACUCCAGCAGCAGAAGAACUUUUUCGAUCACCUUCUCAAAUGAGCUCCUCUUCCGACGCAGAUGGCUAUUUCACUGCUCGACCCGACUCCCCCGCCGACCAGCAGAACGAUCUUUUGUCGCUAUCCAUCCUCCCCACUCAAUCUGCAGCAAAGUCUCGUAGCACCCUCAGACGCGAACCAGCCUCUUGGUCCGCUCGAUCGUACUCUGCCGCUUCUUCCGACUUGAUCGAUAGCGAACUUGCUCCCACUCUAGCGGCUACUUCGAUCCAUGACGAAGCAUGCUUUGUCGAUGGAGAACCGCAUUUUCCAGUCUCUCUCAUUAAGACAGGAACACCACAAGAUGGGAUUAAGCGCAUUGAUUUCCUGAGCUUGCUACCACCGGAGUUAUCGCUGUGUAUCAUCUUCCAUCUGAACUCUCAUCUCGAUCUCCUCUCCUCCGGCUUGGUUUCAAAACGUUGGCGAGCCUUGGCGCAGGAUCAAACGGUUUGGCGACAUCUAUUCUUUGCUCAACCAGGUUGGGCUAUUCGUGAAGACGCACCGCUUGUUCUUCAGCAUCAAGAACAACUGCGGAGGAUAGAAGCACAGGCGAAACGAACAGCAGCGAGAGAAGAGGCGGAGAGACUGAAAAGGUUACAGGAACAGAGGAAGGCUGCUUCAACCUCAAGUCCGUACCUGGAUAGAUUGGCGGCACUGAAGAGCUGGCGAGAGACACUGCACAUUCCUUCUUUUCCCACUUUGCUAGCUGCAGGUGCGGGUGGGAAUGGUGGGGGAAAGGAGGUUGAUGUAGAUUCCGGCCGCCCGAUUGGGGGAGGGAUGAGUCCCUUGCGGUCGCCAACAGCAGCAACUGGGAGGUUUGGACUCUUUCUCAGCCCAGCAAGGCCCACACCAAGCACUCCAGCUGGAACGAGGAGAGCUCAAGAAGCAGCUUCCUAUUUCUCCAGCGCAAAAGGCGGGCUUGGGCUAAGUCGACAGCCCAGCACAAGCAGCUCCAUUCCCGGUCACUCGAGAAGGGAGUCUAUAGAUUCAACAUUCGCAGAGGUCAUCGAGGCGGAAGAGUUUUUCGCUGCCUCUUUGGAUUGGAUUCGACUUUACAAAGAUCGGUUCAUCCUAGAACAGAGGUGGAUGAGACCUCAUCCGAGUGCUGCGCGUAAAACAGCUGGUGGUUCGAGAAGUUCUUCUACCCAACGUACAGCUGGUGACGGAGAAAUGUCUCGUACACUUUCUUCCACCUCGACCACUUCAGCUAGUACUCCACCAGCCCACACUCAGUCUAGUAAUAGUAGGGCAAGAGUCUUCGAACCAACCAAACGCUUCCUUCGCGGCCACACAGACUCAGUCUACUGUAUUCGACAAGAUGACGGAGUGGGGACAGGAACAGCUGGUAAACUCGUCAGCGGGUCCAGAGAUAGGACGAUUAGGGUAUGGGAUGUUGAAACCCGAGUCUGUAAGCAUCUUCUCAAAGGCCACACGGCUUCGGUGUUGAGUUUGCAGUACGAUGAAAGAAUUUUGGUUAGUGUUAGUUCGGAUGGAGUUGUUUUCGUUUGGGAUUUCGCUUCAAUUCUUGCUACCUCCAACACCACUCCUCCCACCACACCUUGGACAGAAGCUCCGGCGAGUUCUAAGGUGGAAGUGGACCCGGAGUCAGGAGCUCUCGUCCACCAUUCCAAAGACCGUCUACAUUGCGUUCUGCGAGGUCACACAUCAGCAGUCCUCGAUGUGGUGUUCGACUCAAACUGGAUCGUCACCGGAUCAAAAGAUGCCACCGUUCAAGUUUGGCGUUGUUGCGAUCUUCCCCUUUCCCCAUCCUGCCCCACCCCCUCUUCCUCUACCUCUCUGGUAGCCUGGCGCAAAUUCACCCAUUCAGGACCAGUAAACGCCGUCGACCUGCAACACAACCAAGUCGUCUCCGCCUCCGGCGAAGGUUCUAUGUAUCUAUGGGACCUCAAUUCGGGCGAAAAGUUGCACAAGUUUUCAGGUCACACAAAAGGGUUAGCCUGCAUAGUCUUUAAAGGGACUACGCUGGUUAGUGGUAGUAAUGACCAGACGAUUAGAGUCUGGGAUACAUCUACAGGGAAAUGUACGCAUGUGCUGGGGGAGCAUCAUAUGUUGGUAAGGACCGUGGCCUUUGAUGCGGUUAGAGGGGUCGUUGUGAGUGGGGGUUAUGAUCGGUUGGUUAAGGUUUGGCAUAUCGACCCUCCUUCUGCCACCACUUUUGAAGGGGAGGGGGAAGUGAAAGAAGCAGAUGAAGGGAAUACAGUGGAAGGGAACGAGGGAGAGGAUGGAGAGGAAGGGGCGGAGGGGGAGGUGGCCUUGGGUCGGUGUCUGAGGGAUAUCAAAUGUCACCGGGCUCGAAUCUUUGAUGUUGAUUUCAACACGACAAGGAUUGUUUCGGCUAGUGAGGAUCAUUUGAUUUGUAUCACUAGUUUUGGGGGGCAGGGGAUUGAUGCUUCCCUUUUUGCCUAG